CUCGGAGUGUGCGUGCGCACCGUGAAAGCCUGCAGCCCCUGCGAGGUCACCAUGGUUCGGGUCCCCAUGGUUCGGGUCCCCAUGGUUCUGGUCCUCCGGAGGCUCAGCGGGUCUCCGGGCCGCCCCUCUGCCCGCUCCGCUCCUCCGGAGAGGCCCGCUGCCUGGGUCCGCGGCUCCUUCCUGGACUUCUUCCGGGACCAACACGGACACCGACUGGUCCCGUCCUCCCCGGUCCGGCCCAGAGGGGACCCCAGCCUGCUGUUUGUCAACGCCGGCAUGAACCAGUUUAAACCCGUCUUCCUGGGGACCGCCGACCCUCGCAGUGAGAUGGCGUCCUAUCAGAGAGUCGUCAACACUCAGAAGUGCGUCCGAGCUGGCGGUAAACACAACGACCUGGAUGACGUCGGACGGGACGUCUACCAUCACACCUUCUUUGAGAUGCUGGGGAACUGGUCUUUUGGAGACUACUUCAAGGAGGAGGCGUGCUUCAUGGCGUGGAGCCUUCUCACAAAGCAUUAUGGGAUACCUGCAGACAGACUGUACAUGUCCUACUUUGCUGGAGACGCUGCAUCCGGUUUACCAGCUGAUGAAGAGACGCGACACAUCUGGCUGGAGAUCGGGGUUCCUCCGGCUCGCCUCCUGCCGUUCGGCCUGAAGGAGAACUUCUGGGAGAUGGGGGACUCGGGCCCAUGUGGCCCCUGCACCGAGAUCCACUACGACCAUGUGGGAGGACGGGACGCCGGGGCGCUCGUCAACGCCGACAGUCCUGAAGUGGUGGAGAUCUGGAACCUGGUCUUUAUGCAGUACAACAGGGAGCUGGACCAGAGUCUGCGGCAGCUGCCCCGGUUCAGUGUGGAUACUGGAAUGGGAUUGGAGAGGCUGGUGAGCAUCCUGCAGGGUAAAAGGUCCAACUACGACACUGACCUGUUCACCCCGCUGCUCCAAGCCAUCCACCAGAGGUCGAGGGUGGGCCCGUACGAUGGGCAGACGGGCGCGGCGGACCAGAGGAAGGUGGAUACGGCCUACCGGGUCGUGGCCGACCACGUCCGCACUUUAUCGGUCUGCAUCGCUGACGGAGUUCAUCCCGGCAUGUCGGGAGCCGAGUUGGUGCUGAGGAGGGUUCUGCGGCGGGCGGUUCGGUUCUGUGUCGAGGUCCUUCGGGCUCCUCAGGGAGCGCUGGCCAGCCUGGUUCCUACUGUCGCCCACAUACUGGGGGAUGUGUACCCAGAGCUGCACAGGGAGGCCGACAGGAUCAUGGACGUCAUCAAUGAGAACGAGGAUCACUUCCUGUCGUCUCUGCAGCAGGGCAGCAGGCUGAUUCACCGAGCGCUCCACAGAAAGGACUACAAACAUGGAGUCUUCCCAGCCUCGGUGGCCUGGUCUCUGCAUAGGGACCUAGGUUUCCCUCUGGACCUGGUGGACCUGAUGUUGGAGGAGAAGGGAGUCCAGGUGGACCGUGAGGAGCUGGACCGACUGAUGGCAGAGAACCAGAAGGUGUCGUCUGGUCUUCAGUCAGGUGUUCAGUCUCAGGUGACGCUGGACGUCCUCAGCCUGGCAGACCUGCAGCGUCUCGGUGUCCCUCAUACUGACGACGGUCUCAAGUACCAGUACAGACUGGACAAGGACCGAUAUGUGUUCCCAGCAUGCCGUGCAACAGUCCUGGCUCUGCAUGACGGCCAGACUCUAAUGUCAGAGGUCACUGAGGGUCAGCGCUGUGGGGUCAUCCUGGAUCAAACCUGCUUCUACUCUGAGCAGGGGGGUCAGUCACAUGACAUGGGCUACUUCACCCGGGACGGACUGCAGGACAUCCUGUAUCCUGUGGAGGCCGUGGUCCUGGCAGGGGGGUACGUGGUCCAUCAGGUCACUGCCACGGACAACCUGAAGACCGGAGACCAGGUCCAGCUACACCUGGACCAGGUCCACAGACUGUCCUGCAUGGUGAACCACACAGCGACUCACAUCCUGAACUUUGCUCUGAGGAAAGUUCUGGGUCCUUCGGUUCAGCAGAGAGGAUCUCAUGUGUCGGCAGAUCGGCUUCGCUUCGAUUUCAGUGUCAAGAGAUCACUGGAUGUCUCUCAGCUGCAGCAGGUAGACAGGUGUGUUAAUGACAUCAUCUCAGCCAAUCAGAUGGUCCACAGCCAGGAGCUUCCUCUGCAGGAGGCCAAGAGCAUCAACGGACUGAGGACAGUGGACGAGGUGUAUCCGGACCCUGUUCGGGUGGUGUCCUUGGCGGCGGCGGUCUCUGAACUGUUGGAUGAUGAGACGGACAGAGAGACGUCUGUAGAGCUCUGCUGUGGGACUCACCUGCUGCAGACCGGAGCCAUCGAGGAUCUGCUGAUCGUCUCUGAGAGACAGACGGUGAAAGGAGUCAGUCGGAUCGUCGCCGUGACGGGACGGGCGGCACAACGGGCUCGGGAGCACGGUCAGGUGUUGUCUCAGGAUGUGGACUCUCUGUCAGCCAGACUGACAAGCUCCGCCCCCACCAGCCUCGACACCGCUCAGCGUCUCGCCAAAGAGGCUGGAGUCCUGUCUGAUGCUGUGGAUAACACCCCCAUCCCUCAGUGGCAAUGCAGAGACCUGCAGAGUCGACUCCGCGCUCUGCAGAGAACCAGUAACACCACCGUCAGGAAACUGGAGACUAGAGAGGCUGCCCUGAAAGCUCAGGCUCUGCUGGAAAAGAACGGCAGGAAGGACCUGCAGGUGGACUCUGUGGAGACGGACUCUCUGUCGAUUUUGAUGAAGACGGUGAAUCAGCUGAGCGCCGCCACUCCUCACAGUCACGUGAUGCUGCUCGCUCCCCAAAGGCAUUCUAGGAAGGUUCUAUGUGCCUGUCAGGUCCCUAAGGUAAUGAUGACAUCACAGGGGGCGGGGCUUCACUCGAAGCGUCUUAUUGGCUGUCCUCUCCCUCUUCAGGACUCGGCGUCCCUGUCGGCAUCUGAUUGGGCGGUUGCGGUGUGUCGUCACCUCGGGGGAGGUGCCGGUGGCACCGCACUGGUUGCCAAAGGAACAGGAAGCAGUGGUGACAUCACUGAGGCUCUGAGGUGGGCGGAGGACUUCGCUCACCAGAAAACACAACGAUGAUAAUCACAAAGAGGUGUAGGGCCUGAGUAGUGGGCGGGGCUUCACACAGUAUCUGAAACAAGGUACAGAUGACUGUAAGCCCCGCCUGUAAACUGGAGUUAGGCUCUUCUCUUUGGACGACAGUUUAUUAUUUAUUUAUUUUAUAAAUCUGAACUUUACUUUUUGUUUUACAAUAAAUCACUUCUCAGACUCAUUUA